AUGGCAACAAGUGAUAGUGAAAUAUGUGAAGGCUUGCUAAACAUAGAUUUAUGGGAUCGAUUAGAUCUGCAUGUUGGAUCUUAUGUAAAAUCUUCAUUAAAUUUACGUUAUAUUAGUUCAAAAACUUCUCCUAUUGGACGAGCACUACGUCAAGCUAUUGUUGAUUUACUUGAUAAUAUAACAAAUAAAUUUGAUGGAUAUACAGAAAAUGAUGCAACUGUUGUCGGUGCAGAAAAUCGUUUAUAUCAUUCACGUCAAUAUACAUUAAAUAUCCAAGAAGAUAAUGGUGAAUUUUCUGAAUUAUAUGGUAAUGAUGAUAGAAUAAAUAUUGAAGUAAGUUCAUUAGCUCCCACUAUUUUUUAUCAAUUACGUGAAGAUAUUGGUAUAUCAAAUGAAAAUUUUCGUCAAUCAUUUUCGGAAUAUAAUUUAAAAGAUUUUACAAAUCCAGGUAAAAGUGGUUCAUUAAUGUAUAAAACAUUUGAUGAUUUAUUUAUUUUAAAAACUUUACGUGAAUAUGAAGCACGUUUAUUAAUUCAAAUUUUAACUGGUUAUCAUUUACAAUUUAGACAACGUUCAACAAUAUUUAAUCGUUAUGUUGGAUUAUAUUCAAUGCGUUUACAAACAUCAUUAUCAAGUAUUACGAUUUAUGUUGCUAUUAUGGUUAAUGCAUUUACACCAUCCUUAAAACUUAAUGAAAUAUUUGAUUUAAAAGGUUCAAAAAUAAAACGAAAAAUAACUGGUUAUUUAUCUACAGAAAAAUUCUAUAAAUUAAAAGAUAUGGAUUUUAUGGAUUUAUAUCCAGAUGGUAUACUUAUACCAACAAAUAUUUAUCAUAAAUUAAAGAUUAUUGUUGCUAAGGAUGCUCAAGCUUUGAGAAAAUUGAAUAUAACAGAUUUUUCAUUAAUACUUGGGAUCAGACAUUUAGAUAUGUCUGAAUCACAAAUGCUGGGUCGUCAACAUUUAACAGGAAUCACAGCUCUUUUUCAUGCAACUAGUAGUCUUGUAGCAGAUCAAAUAGAAAGCCCUUCUGUCGAUGCUUCACCAUCAGAGGUCCCAGGUGAUAUAAUAUCUUUAGUAAAUUCAUACUUGAGACCAUUAGAGAUGGUCAACGAAAAAAUCGAUAUGAACUUAUAUUAUAAUAAUGAUUCAAUUGCUCAUCAAACUUUACCUAUUCCAGGUGUCAUAAAUAAGAGUAAUAAACGUGUUUAUAUAUAUUUAGCUUUGGUUGACAUGCUUCAAACAUUUGAUAAUUUUAAACAUAUUGAUCAAACAUUUCGAAAACUUACUAAUUAUGAUAGACAUCUUGAAUAUUCUGUGAUCGAACCGGAUGAAUAUGAACAACGUUUUAAUCAAUUUUUAUUUGAAUAUGUUUUUAUUGAUGCUGCUAAUGAUUUUCCAUGGGCUAUAAAUGAUGUUAGCAAAACUGUUGCGGAUAUUAAUCAUGGUACCACUGAAAAUAAGAAAAUUAAAGAACGAAAAAAUCAUACUCGUCAACAUCCUCAUUCAAUUGAACAGACAGAGUCGAGUCCUGUUCUUGAAUUGCAUUUCUAA